AUAUCCGGCCCUUUGAGUGACGCUGUAUCCGGACAACCUAAGCUAACAUUACACAGAAUUGAAAAUUAAAAUGGAUUUCUUGUAGCUUCUCCGACAUGUUCGUCUCAUUUCUUCGAUGUAAAGAGCAGUAACAUGAGGUGUUGGGCAGACUUCCCUCUCCCUGUCGUCUCGGCCUCGCAAAGCAUUUAGCUUGCUAUGGCAGGGCCAGUUCAUUGUUAGCUUAGCUUUAGCCAUGCUCUCACUCCUCUUUCACUUGUCUUCUGGGUUGCGGUUUGCUUGCGACAGGGACCACGGCUACUAGCUAGCUUGGUAGCUAGCUAGCCGAGCAGUUUCUCCAUUAUUAGCGUUAUUUUUGUUUUCUCGAUUGUGCUUAAACAUACUUUCCCGAUAUUUUGUUUGCUGCCACAUUUCGUCUUAAGGCAGCACAGCGGAAACAGCUCCUAAACAGUUUUAACAAGUGAAAUUAGCUGAUUAGCUUAGUUGGCAACAUAGCCAGCCGGUUAACUUUGGGAAAACGUCUCUUGGACUAAGAUAAGUUGUUGACUUUGUUUUGACACACACAGGGGACGUUAAGCCCAUCAACACAACAGGACCAAUUACGGUCUUUUGAAGCUUCCCACCGCUCAAGGGUUUUGGUUUGUGGUUAUAUUCCACGAUGGCUUCGUCCUCUGGAAACGACGACGACCUCACAAUCCCCAGAGCAGCUAUCAACAAGAUGAUCAAAGAAACUCUCCCUAACGUACGAGUGGCCAACGAUGCCAGGGAGCUGGUGGUGAACUGCUGCACAGAGUUCAUACACCUCAUAUCCUCCGAAGCCAAUGAAAUAUGCAACAAGUCCGACAAGAAGACCAUAUCUCCUGAGCAUGUCAUCAAUGCCCUCGAAAGUCUUGGUUUUGCAUCAUACAUCACCGAGGUGAAAGACGUCCUGCAGGAGUGUAAGACUGUGGCUCUGAAGAGGAGGAAGGCCAGCUCCCGACUGGAGAACCUGGGCAUCCCAGAGGAAGAGCUGCUCAGACAACAGCAGGAGCUGUUUGCCAAGGCGCGGCAGCAGCAGGCAGAGCUCGCCCAGCAGGAGUGGUUGCAGAUGCAGCAGGCCGCCCAACAGGCACAGAUGGCAGCAGCGUCUGCCAGCGCCGCCCAGCAGGCCGGCUCCUCUCAGGAUGAAGACGAAGAAGAUGACAUUUGAGCCCAGGACGCCACCCAACUUGUCCUAAUCUCUCACAGAUCUCCCAGUACUGUCAGUGACAUAGACAUAACAUGUGUUUCACCACUGGAACACAUCAGUGAACCAUUGGAAAUGCACAUUUUGGAAUGGACAGUGAAGAAAAUGAAGGGGGAUUUUAAAAUAGUCACCCGUUCAGAUAUCAGUUCCUGAAAAUGAUUUUGGAUUGAGAGGCUGUUAAGGAAGUUUUUGACUAGUCCCAUCCUCCCCCCUUUUCCCAGUUGCUCCUAUUAAAUUGUUUUGAUAUUAUGUUGUGAGUAUUUUGUAGAUUUUUGGUUGUGUUGUGGACACACUGAAGGAAACUGUUGCCUGGGAUAUGUUGGUGAAUUUCGGUGACCAUGCAGCAAGCGUUCACUCCUGCGGGCACUGCACCAGACAGCUUAGUUUCUUUUUCCGUUUGACUAGAUCACUUUGGUUGUUUUAGGAAAACAUGUUUGAAAUAUUUUCAGAGCUGUCGAUUCCGCCCUCCUUGUGGUUUGACAGCCAUUUUUACAGACAAGUUUUUUUCCCCGUCUUGGUAUAUUUGUUCAACAGAGGAUUGAUGGGGUGUGAAUAUGAUAUAUUUGUUUGUUAACCAAGGAACUUAAUUGAUAUUUUGCAUUAUUUUAGUUCCGUCAAAUAUUUUAUGUUUCAUUAUCAUAUACAUUGAACCACCCACAGUAUUUCUAAUUAGCUGUACCUUUCCAAUUUUGUUUUGCUCCAGAGCCAAAGAGAGGAAAGACAGACCACUCAGACUUAGUGGCCCUGUACACACCUGGUAUUAACAUCCGUCAUUCAGAGAUCCGAUCACAAGUGGCCAGCGCUAAGUCUCCGUGUUCACUCCCAGCACUAAAGUGUGUCCUGAAUGUGGCUCCUGUGACCACUUGUGAUCGGAUCUCACUUCCCUGCUCUACAUGUAGUUAACAGACCAAACAAUGUCGCUUUGAGCCAGACUGACUGAGUGUGUGUGUGUGUGAAUUUGUUAUUCCCGCGCGGCUUGGAUGCAGUAUCAAACAUUUGGAUUUUGAGUAUGGUCAGUCCUCGGUGUAAAGAAAGUAACCUAGUUGUGAUACAUACACUUCAAGGAUGUAUUCUUUCAGCAAUAAAGGAAACAUGUUUUAUACUGGU